UCGGUGAUUUCCUACUCCAUAACCCCUUACAGUGCAGCUCGCACCCUGGCUGCCCCGUCAGCUUUCCAGACACCACGGCUACAUGUAUCGAACUCUGGACAACUAUGUGCUCGGCCCAAUCGAGGUAAUGACGCCACAGAUGCACUAUCGAUAAGCUGAUACCAUUCCCCCAACCCACAUACAUAUCUAUGGCAGGAACAACCCAUCCUAUACCAAGAGCCAUGACAACAAUACAGACUGCACCAGUUGCUCUACCACGCGUUGCAAUCACAUACUGCACUCAAUGUCGCUGGAUGCUGCGAGCGGCCUAUUUUGGCCAAGAACUCUUAUCAACAUUCGGAACACAAAUAGGUGAAAUCGCCUUGAUCCCCGCGACUGGGGGGCUUUUCACGGUGGAACUGACAUACCUUCCGCCUGGGGAACAAGGUCAGAAUGCUGAAGCAACAAAGGUGCUACUCUGGGAUAGAAAAACCGAAGGGGGAUUUCCAGAGACAAAGGUACUAAAGCAAAAGGUACGGGAUUGCAUUGACCCUUCGCGGGAUCUGGGGCAUUCGGAUAAGCACGGUAAGAAGAAGGAAGAGAAAUCGGUCAAAGGAGAUAAGACGGAGGCCGAAGAAAAAGGAGCAGGGCAGGAGAAGAGCCAGGAGGUUGAAGUCAAGAGGAAUCCAGAUGGAACCGUUUGCGAGGAUUGUAGAUAAAAAGUAGGACCCAGGCUGUCGUUGGCAAGAUGAGCUCAAGCUCUGGUAUCUCCACCGUUAUACCUGUUGGUUUACUUAGUACGUAGAACAAACAGAUAUAUAUCUGACAGAACGAACUGGUGCAUAAGGUUCGGAAUGCGGUCC